AUGGCAGGCCCUACAGUCAAGCGAUAUGUCAUUGUUGGCAUGGGUGUUCGAUCCGCCUUCUAUUACCAGACCAUCCUGCUCGACUUCCGCGAAUAUGCAGAGGUAGUAGGUGUUUGCGAUACCAAUCAAACUCGAAUGGAUGCAGCCAAUGAUCGAAUGAUUGAGGUUGGUGGCAGUCGUGUGCCUACGUACAAGGACACGGCCUUUGAUCGCAUGAUCAAGGAGCAGAAGCCGGAUGUUGUCAUUGUUACUACCAUCGACAAGUUCCAUCAUGUCUACUGCAUCCGCGCUAUGGAGCUCGGAUGUGAUGCGAUUACGGAGAAGCCAGUCACCAUUGACGAAGAAAAGCUACAGGCCAUCAUCGACACCGAAAAGCAAACCGGGAGACAUGUACGAGUCCUCUUCAACUACCGCUAUUCGCCACACCAUACCAAAGUACGAGAACUUAUCAAGAGCGGUGUGAUUGGCGAGGUGACAUCAGUCCAUAUGGAUUGGAUCUUGGACUGCGCCCACGGCUCAGAUUUUAUGCGUCGGUGGCACCGGGAGAAGGCCAAUAGUGGUGGGAUCCAGAUGCAUAAAUCCAUCCAUCAUUUUGAUCUCGUUCAUUUUUGGCUCGGUACCUCGCCAGAAUCGGUCUAUUGUGUUGGCGGCCUGAAGUUCUACGGUCGAGAAAACGCCGAACAACGUGGUGUAAAGUAUACCGGCGAGCGGUAUCUGGAUAACGAGAAAGAGUCAGCAAAAGAUCCUUUUGCGAUUAGUCUGAAAGACAAUCGAGAGCUCAAGGCUUUGUACCUUGAUGCCGAACAUGAGGACGGAUACAUUCGGGAUGGGAACUGUUUCGCUGAUGGCAUUACAAUCGAGGACACGCUAUCCAUGGUCGUGACAUAUGCGAACGGUGCCUCGAUGACUUACAAUACAUAUGCAUAUGCUCCAUGGGAGGGCUAUCAUGCCGUCUUUAACGGAACGAAAGGAAGGAUGGAAGUCGAUCUCGUUGAGGGAGGCUAUGCGGCCGGGAACAACCACGACGCCAUCACGGCGAACGCAAACGGAGACAAGGGCAAGCAGGGAGCUGUGGAACGCACCAAGAUCACCGUUCAGCCACUUUGGGCGGAGCCCUACGAAGUGCCCGUUAAGAGAGGAGAAGGCGGCCAUGGCGGUGGUGAUCCCUUGCUCCUAAGGGAUGUGCUCAUUACUAGCAAGAAAGAUGAAGACGAGUUCUCGCGUGCGGCCUUCCUUCGUGAUGGCGGAAAUGCAGUCCUUGUCGGUGUCGGUAUCAACCAUUCGAUGAAGACGGGUUUGCCAGUCAAGGUUCAAGAGCUGGUAAGAUGGUGA